CCUUCAUUGAUUGGUUUAACCUAAACCCACUGGCGGCGUGUGGGAAGGAAAAUGGAAGAAAAAGUAAAGAUUUUAGCAUUUAUUGGAGCUGGUGCUCUAUUGGGUUCUGCUGCUACACUUGCUAUUUCCAAACUUCUUUCCAGUCCACUCCCAAUUAACAACAACCAAAGUGUUGGAAAUGGGUAUAUAAGCGAGUCGCUAAAUUCAAAUGAGCUUCCUGCAUCCAAAUGUAAUGGAAUGGCUACUUCAAACCCGUUGGCUGAUGAAGUGGUUUCUGAACAACUAACAAGGAAUAUACAGUUCUUUGGCCUCGAAGCCCAACAGAAAGUGACUGCAUCAUAUGUUGUGGUAAUUGGUCUUGGAGGAGUUGGAAGUCAUGCUGCAUCCAUGCUUCUGAGGUCAGGUGUUGGUAGGCUGCUACUUGUGGAUUUCGAUCAGGUGUCAGUCUCCUCAUUAAAUAGACAUGCUGUUGCCACAAGAGAGGAUGUUGGUACCUCGAAAGCCCUAUGCCUUAAGAAGCACUUCCAAUCAAUUUUCCCAGAGUGUCAUAUAGAUGCAAAAGUUAUGUUAUAUGAUUCAUCGUCUGAAGAAGAAAUUCUCUCUGGCCACCCUGAUUUUGUCCUUGAUUGUAUUGAUAAUAUCGACACAAAGGUGGCACUUCUCGCUGCUUGUGUUCGAAGAGGUUUGAAAGUUUUAUCUGCAACUGGAGCUGGCGCAAGGGCUGAUCCAACAAGAAUUCGUGUGGCUGACUUAAGAGAGUCCACCAAUGACCCUCUAUCUCGAGCUGUAAGACAUCGUUUGAGAAAAGAUCAUGGUAUUGAUGGUGGCAUUCCUGUGGUAUUUUCUCUAGAGAAACCCAAGGCAAAGCUGCUUCCCUUUAAAGGGCCCAGCGGAGAAGAAGAAAAUCCUUCAGAUUAUCAAAUAGUGCCUGGAUUUAGGGUCCGCAUCAUUCCAGUUCUGGGGACUAUACCUGCAAUUUUUGGGCAAGUAAUGGCUUCCUAUGUUGUGACUCAACUAGCUGAAUUGCAAGUCCAUAUGGAACCAGUGGUGAACUUUGAUACGGAUCACUAUGUAAUCCUCCAUCAACGCCUUAUUGAGCAUGAAGAGUUGCUAUAUGGCACAUCGAUGCAAGUGGAGGUAGAUGUUGAAGAAGUUAUGUAUAUUACCAAAGAGUUGUGGCAUGGGAGAAGUUCAAGGGACCUAUCCGUUAAAGAUGUAGGGCGUGCAAUGUGGCGUUCAGUGAACGAGUUGAUGCUUGUGAGGUGGGAUAAGACAAAGCCAGCUUCAGUUUCGAAUCUACUCCUGCUAAGAUUUAAGGAGGCUGACGAACACGAGUCAAGGUCACUGGAAGAUAUAAAGGAUGAAGAACCAGAAUUUUUUGUUAGGGUGACAAAUGUGCUGAAGCGAGCAGAAUUGGAGUUUGGCUUUUAUAGGAUGGUUCAGGAAACCUGAAGAUCCCACACAGAGAGACAAGUGAAACUCAAAAGCUGUCUGAAGUGAGAAUCAUCAAGGUUUUGAGUCUGGUUUCUUUGGUGAUGGUGUUUAGAAUACUUCAAGGAGCAAACAACUUGGAAGUAGCUGAACACUUUUGACCAUAUCAAAGAGCUUAUUUAGGGAUUUCUUGUAGUUGUUGUAUCGGGGAAUGUGCGAUAUAGAAUCAUUUUAACACUUUUAUUUUGGUAUAUCAGUCCUAAACGUCAAAAUGAAGACCAAUUGCAAAGAGUUGCAAGUUUUUGAUUUAGUAGACAAUCACCUCAACAACACAUUCCCCAUGUGGUUGGAAUUCUGCCAGAGCUGCAAGUUUUAAGCUUGAGAUCAAAUAAAUUGCAUGGAUCUAUUAGAAUUUCAAGAGUUAAAAACAUGUCUCCCCAGCUUCGACUAGUAGAUCUAUCUUACAAUGUCUUCUCGGGAAACUUACCUACGAGUCUGUUUCAACAUUUGAAAGCAAUGAGGUCAUUUGAUCAAACAAUGAGGUCAUUAGAAUUUCUUGGAGAUGGAUAUUAUGAAGAUUGGAUAACAGUUGCAACGAAGCGCAUGGAGCUUGAACUUGUCAGAAUUUUGACUGCUAGUACGCUAUUGAUCUUUUAAGUUAUAGAUUUGGAGGGCAUAUUCCAAGUAUUAUGGGAGAUCUCAUUGCACUUUACGUGUUGAAUUUAUCUCAUAAUGAAUUGCAAGGUCAUAAGUCACCAACACUCGGAGAUUCAAAAGAUAAAUCUCCGAGUGAUGAUGGCAUAUGACCUUAGAAUUCAUUAUGAGAUAAAUUCAACACGUGAAGUGCAAUUAGAUCUCCCAUAAUACUUGGAAUAUGCCCUCCUAAUCUCUUUGUUAAAAGAAGAGUAAUGUACUAGUAGUCAAAAUUCCGACAAGUUCAAGCUCCAGCGCGUUGGUUGUAACUGUUAUUCAAUCUUGGAUAAUAUCCAUUUCCAAGAUAUUCUCUAAUGACUUUAUUGUUUGAUCAAUUGACCUCAUGACUUUCAAAUGUUGAAACAAACUCGUAGGUUAGUUUCCCAGCAAAGCAUUGUAAGAUAGAUCCACAAUUUGAAGUUGGGGAGAUAUGUUUUCAAUUCUUGAAGUUCUAAUGGAUCCAUGCAACUUAUUUGAUCUCAAGCUUAAAACUUGCAGCUCUGGUAGAGUUCCCAACCACGUGGGGAAUGUGUCGUUGAGGUGAUCGUCUCCUAAAUCAAGAACUUGCAACUCUUUGCGAUUGGCCUUCACUUUGAGGAUUGUCUCCAUUCAUCUUAUUUGAUCCAAAAAGAUGUUUUUGUCAUAUCAGUGAUUUGUGCUGUGAGAAUCACUUCUAACUUAAUGUUCUUAUUCAAUAGAAGUAAUUUUUAAAAGCA